AGAAAUAUAUCGUGGACUAUAUAAACUCCCCUUUGUCCACUGAUCGCCUCUCCGAUCCCGACGGCGAAUCACCGGUCUUACAGUCCAGAUCCGGCCAGGAUAUUCCUGCAGAUCGCGGCAGCCGAAUAUGGUUCACGUCUCCUAUUACCGCAACUAUGGUAAGACAUUCAAGAAGCCUCGUCGCCCAUAUGAAAAGGAGCGUUUGGAUGCUGAGCUUAAGCUCGUUGGUGAAUAUGGGCUAAGGUGUAAGAGGGAACUUUGGAGGGUUCAGUAUGCUCUGAGUCGGAUCAGGAAUAAUGCUAGAAUGCUCCUGACCCUUGAUGAAAAGAACCCAAAACGUAUUUUUGAGGGUGAUGCACUCCUUAGGAAGAUGAACAGAUAUGGACUGCUUGACGAGACCCAGAACAAGCUUGAUUAUGUCCUUGCCCUCACAGUUGAAAACUUCCUUGAGCGUCGUCUCCAAACUUUGGUCUUUAAAGCUGGCAUGGCAAAGUCCAUCCAUCAUUCACGUGUUCUUAUCAGGCAGAAGCACAUCAGGGUUGGAAGGCAGGUGGUGAAUGUACCCUCCUUCCUGGUUAGAGUGGACUCCCAGAAGCACAUUGAUUUCUCACUCAACAGUCCAUUCGGGGGUGGUCGCCCCGGUAGAGUGAAGAGAAGGAACCUGAAGGCAGCUGCCAAGAAGGCUGCGGGUGGGGAUGUUGAAGAGGAUGAAGAGAGUGGAUGAAAAGUGAGUCAAAUGUUUCUCUUCUUUGGGUUAUCUACUUGGCCUAGUGGAUGUUUUGACAUUUCUUCUAUUCAACCAUAUAUCAUCAUGAGAGUCAUAUUUAUAGUUAAAUCUGCAAGACCCUCUUUUUUGUUGCUGUGUUAUUUUUGUAGCAAACUCUUGUUUUGACCAAGCUUGACUUUAAUUUCAUCCCUCUCUUUCGACAAUACCCUUUUUGUAUGUUUGGUUUUUGGCAUUUUGCACUGUUCUUAAAUGAUCCUUAUUUUCCUAAAAGAAUUUUCUGUUUUUUUGAGCUGUCCCAAGAAUAGGUCGAGGGUUGUACUUUACUGCUUGAUAACCAUUGGUCCUAAAGUAAAUCGGGAUUACCAUU